CGCCUCUGCAGAAAUCUUUAGAGGUCUUAACGCUGGUCAGCGUUCUCACCGGAGGACCUUAUUCCAGGAAGCUCUGAAGAUAGGUCUUUGUCAUUCCACUGCCUGAAUGUAAUGAUGCUUGUACAUCGCGUUGUACUGAAUUCCCGACCUGCGUUGUAGAAUGAAUGAAGACACUGGUACUGACUAUAUAAAACCUUGGCAGCCAUCCGAAGUGGUUGAUGGUGGAGGUGUUGGAGUUAUAGAAGAGAGUCAACAUGCAAGUUUGGCUAAAGGCGAUUUUGUGAUUUCUUUUUAUUGGCCCUGGCAGACUAAGGCUAUUCUAGAGGGAAAUACCCUUGAAAAGGUAGACCCACAGCUUGUAGAUGGACACCUUUCUUACUUUCUUGGUGCUAUUGGUAUGCCUGGAUUGACUUCUCUUAUUGGAAUAAAAGAAAAAGGUCAUAUAACUGUUGGUUCCAACCAGACGAUGGUUGUCAGUGGGGCUGCAGGUGCUUGUGGAUCAUUGGCUGGCCAGAUUGGCCAUUUGGAAGGCUGUUCCAGAGUGGUGGGAAUUUGUGGAACAGAUGAGAAGUGCUCCAUCUUGGUCUCAGAACUAGGCUUUGAUGCUACAGUUAAUUAUAAGAAAGAUAAUGUAGCAGAAAAACUACAUGAGCUCUGCCCAUCUGGAGUGGAUGUUUACUUUGACAAUGUUGGUGGUGACAUCAGUGAUACUGUUAUAAGCCAGAUGAAUCAGAACAGCCAUGUUAUCCUGUGUGGCCAGAUUUCUCAGUACAACAAGGAUGUCCCUUAUCCUCCCCCACUGCUGCCUGAAGUAGAGAAUAUUUUGAAAACAAGAAACAUCACAAGGGAAAGAUUUCUGGUUUUGAAUUAUAAGGACAAAUUUGAGUCUGGACUUAUACAACUGAGUCAGUGGUUUAAAGAAGGAAAAUUAAAGAUCAAAGAGACAGUGAUAGAUGGCUUGGAAAACAUGGGAGUUGCCUUCCAAUCUAUGAUGACAGGCGGCAACAUUGGGAAGCAAAUAAUUCAUAUUUCUGAAUAGAAGCCUUUGACCCUUCAUUGGACUACAGGUUAAUAAGAACAUAAGUCAGAUUUCUUUUUAACUUUAACAAGAGAAAUUUCAGUCUGUUAAUAUAUUUUAUAUGAUUAAUGAAACUAAUUUUAAUUUUGUCUUUUUAUUUCAUAACAUUGAUGAGAAUUUUCUUAGAAGCUUGAAUGAGUGUAUUUUCUUCUAACUUAAUAUACCCCAUAUAUAACCAAUUAUAGUGAAACAAAAGUUAA